GGAAGGCGGCCGGUGUUUCCCGACACGAGUCGAGCGCCUCCGAGCGAGCGCAGCCCGACAUAUUCUGAACAUCUUCCAAAUGUUGAGCCCGAGUCGUGAAGUGCGGCUCUGGAGGGGGGCGAGGUUGGACGGGAGGGAGGAAAACCUGCAGCAUCCGCACUGAUCUUCGCCUCUGAACGCAUCCGGACGUCUGCGCCGCUCGCGCCGCUCGCGCCGCUCCCGCCGGACGGAGGAAAGGUGAGGCAGCGGAGGCUUUUCAUCUCACACGCGGACACGCGUCCCGGACGCCACCGGAGCCCCACGGGUUAAAUUCUGCAGUUUUUUGGUGGAUGCGCUGAUCGGCUGUCCCGGCCCGGAGAUUCAAAAGAAUCAGCCAAGAUGGCGGCAAUCGGUGUGAUUGCACUGAGCAUCCUGAUCAGCACAGCUCUUUCUGCUCCAGUAAAAGUUAAUGAGGAGAACCUGACCUUAUUCCACGGCGAAGACUUCCACAUCCUGCUGCCGUCGCUCAAUGUGGAGGUGACGUUUCAGAACAAGUCCACUGGUCUGAUCCUGAUGAGGGACGGCGCUGUGGUCAGCAGCCGGGUCAAACUCAACCGCCACCUCAGCCACCUCGUGGUGGAUAACGUGCGCGAGGAAGACGAGGGGACGUACACCGUGAAGAAUCAAGAGAAGCCCGAUGACGUUAAACGCAUUUUCCUGAUCGUCCGAGAUUGCACAAACGAGCAGAUCGUGAAAUACGGCUCCAACUUCCGCUUGUCUUUAUCGGGGAUUACUCGUCCAAUCACCCUGGAGUACAAGUCCAGCGCUGUGGAAGCCAACCAAACAUCCAGGCCAGCUCUGGUCGUGCUGACUGCAACAGAGACAUCCCCGGAGCCCUACCAGGGCCGGAUCACCAUCAACGAUCAGUACGUCACCCUCCACGGCGUCACCGGCAGCGACGAGGGCAGCUACACCAUCUGGAAUGGCAAAGGAGACAUUCAAAAGAAGGAGUGUCUUAAUGUCAAAGAGCAUCACAACUUUGUGACCCUACCCCAAGAUGCACGACUGAAGAUCAACCUGAUUCUCAACAGCUCUUUGGUGCAACUUUACUACCGCCCCAAGUCCGAGUCCACACCACAUCUGCUGUUGGACAAGGGGGAAUUUACAAACGCACGAAUUGAUCUGGGGUUGGAGGACCGCCUCUCCUUGGAUGGUUCAGUGGUUUAUCUGGAUCAGGUCAAGCGUGCAGAUGUGGGCGAGUUCAAAAUUACAGACCUGCAGGGAUUCACUGUGUCCAACGUCCACCUGGAACUAGAACCUUACAGACUGGAGUCUCUGUAUGUGGCCAUCAUCGCCCUGUUGGGCCUGCUGGUCUUCCUUCUGCUUGUUUGUCUGCUUUCCUGCCUGAUCAAAGUGAAGAAAAGGGCCAAGAGGGCCGCUGCUCUAGAAAAGAUUGCCCAAAAUGCAGGGAAAGAGGAUGAGGGAGAAGCCUUCAGACAGGUGGUCAAGAACAUCACCAAACUCAGCGAGGAGUCGAAACACUCCCAGGCGGACAACACAGAGAAAUCUCAGAGCACCGAGGUGGACAUCAAAGGUCUGGAGGUUUCUUCGAAGGAAGUUGGGAUCGGUAACAUGGAGACCAGUGACUCGGGGGUUGGCUUUAACACUGCCCUCCCACUGGACACUGACACCGACGCUCCUGAUCAAAUCCCUGACUCUGAGGCUGUGAGCAUCUCGGCUGCUACUGAACCCAAACCAAGUCCUCCGCCUGCCGCUGCUGCUGCUGCUGACGCUGCUGCUGACUCCCAGCCAAGCGCUCCACCAGCUACGGAAACCAAACCCAGUCCAAAGAAAACCCCCGAUAAGCCCGUGGAAGCAAAGCUAGAUGUGCCCAAACCGGCAGAAGUUAAGCUCAGCCCAGCCCCGAGCCCCGAGCCCAAGUCUGGUCUGAGUCCGGCCGAGCCGAAGGCCCCCGCGCCCACCCCAAGUCCCGAACCGAAGCCGGCCACUCCCAAAGCCACCACCCCGACACCCGAGAUCAAGAGCUCCCUGACUCCCACGGCUGAGUCCCCCAAACCGACCACGCCCGAACCCAUUACCAACGGCACACCCGAGCCCGGGCUGGACUCCAAAGCGAGCCCAGAUCACGCUGAGAUCAUCGGAGGCUCCACCCCCAAAGCGGCCCCACCCAAAACCCCCGAGGUGGAGCUGAAAUCAAGCGGCGCCGCGCUGGAAGCCAGUAAAGAUAUCACCGUGGCUGAGGAUUCAACAAGCGCCACUUGAGAACCGGUCCUCUGCGAAAACACAAAGGAAGUCCCACAGAUCUCCUCCAUCUCCCCCCCCACCGUAGACAAUCCAGCACCUCCCCUACCAAAUAUCAAGGAAGCCGCCACCUCUGGGGCUGGGAUGGCAUUUUAACACGUCCAAUGGCUGAACACUGUAUUACUCUGAUAACAGUAACUCACUUAUCUAUCAACUAACACUAAAACUUUGGAGACUCUGCAUCAAAAACACUUCACGUAACAAUUGUGGCUGUUGAUUGUUCGACAUAUUACUUAUUCGCACCUUGCAGCCUCAGAUUUUUUGGUAACUUUUCAGUAAAACUGCCAGACUGCAAAUGAAAGCCUUUGCAGAGUUUACAUCUAAAAUGUUAACUCCACAUAAGGUCUCUUCUUAAAAAACUCCCAGAAAGGUUUACAGCAUUUUACUAUAACAACAUGCUGAAAGUCCUCAACAUCCCACUCCGAUGUUUUCUUCUCUGUCAGCGUAUGGAUGAAGCAGAAAAAAAAGACAUUUGCAGCCAUUGUCAUCUCAACCCCUCUGAUUACACUUGACACGAUUGUUUUUUACUCACGUGUGCCAGAUCUCCAGCUUGAAAACCACUCUUAUCUUUACCCACACAAUAACACUAAUAAUACUAAUCCCUAUUACAUAAUGUAUAGCCUCAGACAGAGAUUCAGGCCCCCAGUGGAGAAUUCAGAUCCCUCAUGUCUUUGAUCUGGAUUUCCCGGUGGCUCUAUGAACAUCCCAGUGUGCUCAAAGUUUCAAGGUAUCAGGAAACUUCAGGCACUUAAUAAGACCGCCCCGCUCCUCCUGUAUGUUUGGCUUUCCAAAGAUAAAAUACUGAAUAAUGUGGUGAUUUAGAAAAUACCCCUUCGGCCUCCUUUUUUAUGUCCUUACUUUAGCUCGUCUUUCAGCCCUCUAUCUCUCCCCGCCUCUUCUUCCAUUCAUUUGUUCGGUGUUAUCUUUAAACAAAUGGCCUUUUAACUGAAAUCAAAGCAUACAGUUCAUUGAAAAGUCAUUCUUGUGUCUGUGACCCUGUAAAAUUUAGCAGAAGCUUCAAUAUUUAUGCCUUGUAUAUUCAGCAGCUCUGAAAUACUCCUACAGUUUCGAGGCCUUUCUCAUUGCCACGACCAUGAUCUGUCCGGAGCUGGUCUGAGUCAGUUUGGAAGUACACAAGGAUGCCCAGUCAGCACAGUUUAAUCCCCGCUGAAAUGUUUGUGUGGUCCUGGGGAGGUGUGCAGAUACAAUUUCUUGUGUGAAAAAUGCACGUCUCUACCUCAAGUUUUAACCGACCACCAGGAACUCAACGACUGUUCGGCUUUGACGCACUGGAGCGCUUCAGAGUUUGUAGGGAAGCACAAAAAAGGCCACCAUUCAAAGCGAUGAGAGAAACGGGGGGUGGAAAUUCUGCGCAGAUCCAUCUAUAAUCGACUGGCCAUUCUCAGUACGUGUCUUGAAAAAUACAUUUUUAUUAGAAAUAAUUUGAGAUGUGCCAGCAUCUUCAAAAAGCCAUAAGAGAAGUUAGACUUAGAUGUCAGAUUUGAUAUGAAAAUCGACACAAAAUACUAAAAUGACAAAAAAA